AUGGGUACUGCUAUGCUACGUUCUCGUUGGACAGCCCUUCCUGCCACCCUAGUUGUGGGUACUGGGACGCUGUAUGCGACAGGAGAUCAGAAUCAAUUGAAUAGGCAAUCGCUUUCCACAGACCAGAAGCAUAGGUUUUCUACUGCGACUCCGCAAGGAGCUCUCUACCCGUUCAACAGGCAUAAUGCGGGCGAUUCGGGUGGAAACAAUGCGGAUAAGAACUCCGAGGGGGCACACCACGACGACUCUAUGUGGGCAAGAGUCUUACACAAGUUCGGAGACGUGAAACAAGCGGUUGGUUCAAAUGAAUGGAUGGAUAUUGAUAUUAAGCAAUACAUUAUCCCAGACUGGACCAAAUAUUUGCCGGACACGGUCCAGAAGCUUCAACGGGAGCUCUCGAUGUCCCCUGGCUCCUUGGCUGACGAGAUUUGGAGGGAAUCUAAAGACGCAGACAUUCACCCGGAGAUUUUGCGAGAAGCUCGGGUCCGUGUUGGAGAUACUCUCUGUCCCGAGGAGCUGGAGUUCCGCAAGAAGCGGCAACAACACGCGGUGAAAGCACUAGCAGCUUAUCUUGACAUCCCCGAGUCAGAUAUCCACCCCGAGGACGUCCCAAUCAUUGCCAUGUGUGGCUCUGGAGGAGGUCUGCGUGCGCUCGUGGCUGGCACAGGCUCAUAUCUUGCCGCGCAAGAGGCUGGUCUCUGGGACUGCGUCACUUAUACGGCUGGAGUUAGCGGAAGCUGUUGGCUACAGACCCUAUACCACUCGUCUAUCGCACAGUGCAAUUUCAACCGCUUGGUUAAUCAUCUGAAGAACAGACUGGGGGUGCAUCUCGCAUUUCCACCCAAAGCCCUCAGCCUGCUCACAACAGCUCCUACGAACAAGCAUUUGUUGAGUGGGAUGAUUGAGAAGCUGAAAGGCGACCCUGGUGCAGACUUUGGCCUGGUGGAUAUUUAUGGAAUCUUGCUAUCAGCAAGACUGCUCGUGCCGCGUGGCGAACUCGGCGUAUCUGAUCGCGACCUCAAAUUAUCAAAUCAGCGGCCCAACGUCGACAACGGAGCUCAUCCACUUCCGAUCUACACGGCUGUGCGUCAUGAAAUCCCGAUAAUUGAGGAGCUGCAAAACGAUGAAAACAUGCAAAGACACCGCAAGCCAGAGAAACUCAUCAGAGAGUCAAGGAGUGAGGCGUGGUUCCAAUGGUUCGAAUUCACGCCUUAUGAAUUCUUCUGUGAGGAGCUCGGCGCAGGUAUACCAACUUGGGCUCUGGGAAGACAUUUCAAUAAGGGCAAGAAUGUAUUUUCUCGUGGAGAACCCCCAACCCCAGAAACGCGUAUUCCUGGGUUAAUGGGCAUAUGGGGAAGCGCUUUCUGCGCAACUCUCUCGCACUACUACAAGGAGAUUCGGCCCGUGAUCAAAGGCAUAGCUGGGUUUGGCGGCAUCGACUCUCUCAUUCAAGGCAAGACAAAAGAUCUGGUUCGCGUCCACCCCAUCGACCCGGCUACUAUACCAAACUACGUGCUGGGCAUGAAGGAUGUACUACCAGAUUCCUGCCCAGAGUCAAUCUUCAAGAGCCAACACCUCCGUCUUAUGGAUGCCGGAAUGAGCAAUAACCUCCCGAUCUACCCCCUCCUCCGGCCAGGCAGAGACGUCGACGUUAUCGUCACCUUCGACGCAUCCGCCGACAUCAAGCGAGAGAACUGGCUCUCCGUGGUAGACGGCUACGCACGCCAACGAGGUAUCAAAGGCUGGCCCGUAGGAGCCGGCUGGCCCAAACAAGAAGACAACCCCGAACAAACCUCCGAAAUCCUCCGCGAACCCCAGAACAUUAGCGAAGAAUCCCUAGAUUCCAAAAUGACCCGCGCCCAGCACGAAGACAAGCACAUGCACGGCCGCAACCUCAAGAUCCCCCGCACAACCGAGUCCAACAACGAAACAAACCCGGCAGGAGACCGCCCCGCUGCCUCAGACACGGACCUAUCCUACUGCAACGUCUGGGUGGGAACGAUGCAGGAACGCGUCUCGGGAGAUGAGCCCCCGCCCUCAAAACGCCUCUUUCACCCACAACAUGCAGACCACGCCGAGUCGGAUUUCCACCUCAUGCGUCCCGAUGCUGGUAUCGCAGUCGUCUACUUCCCCCUCCUCCCCAACACAUCGGCACCCGAGCUACCGCAGGGCUCAGCGAUGUCGCGGUCUCCGGCUCCAACACGCACGUCGCAGGACUCAACCGUCGCCAAAGAGAUUUCUGAUCCUGCACGGCCGAUGGCCCCGCAUCCAGGAUCUAUUGAUCCCGAUAUCGACGAUUUCCUCUCAACGUGGAAUUUCGUGUAUACGCCGGAGCAGGUUGAUUCGGUGGUUGGGCUUGCGAAGGCGAAUUUCGCGCAGGGCGAGGAACAGAUGAAGAGAGUUAUUCGGGCUGUUUAUGAGAGGAAGAGGUCUGAUCGCUUGAAGAGGGAGGGGCAGGAGGAUAGGAGGAGGAUGGAGGGGUUUGUGCCAUUAUAG